UUAUAGUAAUUAGAAGCCACUUUCAUUUGAUUUUGAACGUGAACAUGGCCCUCAAAAUGACAUCCUCGUCGCUUCACCAGACGCUACUCCAAGCUGUCUUCAUCCUGUUUUUAAACUUCUUACCAGCGAUUGAUUCAUCCGAAUUUACGCCGGAGGAGGCAAUGCAGAUUGUGGAUAAACACAAUGAGUUGAGAUCACAGGUUCAGCCUGAGGCGGCUAACAUGCGAUAUAUGAACUGGGACCAACCUCUGGCCAGUAUGGCGCAGCAGUAUGCAGAGCUAUGUAUCUGGGACCAUGGCCAGGUGGAGAACAACACCUCGUCAUUUUCUCCAAUUGGGCAAAACUUGUGGCUUGGAGGUGGUAAGCCCACAAAUUCGCCAAGUGGUCUGAGUGCCACACAAGCCUGGUAUAAUGAGGUUCGAUACUACGACUACAACUCGCGCAAAUGUUCUGACGGUAAACUGUGUGGUCAUUAUACUCAGUUGGUUUGGGCCGAAUCUUAUGCACUUGGCUGUGGACGUAAUUUUUGUGAAACAGCAGUAGAACCGUCAAAACCUACAAGACCCCCAAGAACAAACGUCUGGAUAAUAGUUUGCAACUAUGGAUUGGCGUUUUGCAGACAAGUCUGCUAUAAUUGUGGGACACUAGACGAAACAAGCUGCACUUGCGCAUGUCAACAAGGCUUUAUAGGAGGAGACUGCUCAAGUCCAUGUGAAGACACUCACAGGUAUUGUGGGCAUGGCUGGUAUCGUCCACAGUGUAGUUACUAUCAGCCAGCAAUCAAUAAGUGCCCUAAAAUGUGCGGCUUUUGUGUUGAUCCAGAUCCUAAUUUCAACUGGGACCAACCUCUGGCCAGUAUGGCGCAGCAGUAUGCAGAGCUAUGUAUCUGGGACCAUGGCCAGGUGGAGAACAACACCUCGUCAUUUUCUAAAAUUGGGCAAAACUUGUGGCUUGGAAGUGGUAAGCCCACAAACAUGCCAAGUGGAACAAAUGCCACGAUCGCCUGGUACAAUGAGUAUCGACACUACGACUACAAGACACGCAAAUGUGCUAAAAAAAAACUGUGUGGCCAUUAUACUCAGGUGGUUUGGGACGAUUCGUAUGCGGUUGGCUGUGGUCGUAUUUUUUGUGAAACAGCAUAUGAACAGUCAAAACCGGAAAGAAGAAAUGUCUGGAUAAUCGUUUGCAACUAUGGACCGUCGGGGAAUUACAAUCGACAUCCGUACAAAGCAGGACCAAACUGCACCAAAUGUUCCACUAACGUCGGCCAGUGCUACAACGGUUUAUGUCGGUCGUGUAAAGAGCAUAACGAAACAUGCAUUUGUAGGCAAAUCUGUCAUAACUGUGGGACAUUGAACGAAGAAAACUGUACAUGCGACUGCAAAGUUGGUUUUACGGGAGGAGACUGCUCAAAUUCAUGUCAGGACAGAUCUAAGUAUUGUGGGCGUGGUUGGUACUGUCCGCAGUGCAGGUACUAUCAGCCAACUAUCAAGCUUUGUCCCAAAUUUUGUGGCUCAUGUGCUAAGCGUUUUAGACCAGAUCCUGAUCUUGUUUGUGUUGAACCAGAUCCUAAAUUUGUUUGUGAUAAAACAUUGGAUGACUAACAUCUUGAACGAAUACUUGGAGAAGUUCAUAAAUCAACUUAUAUCAUCAUUCCACUGGCUUUUCGUGAAUUUAAGAUUAAAUUAAAUAUAUAUUACAUAUAUUACAUACAGUAGCAGUUGAUUUGUCAAUACCAAUGCAUUUUGAAGGUGUUGACGUUACAUAAUUAAGCUAUUUCUUCAUAGUACCGCGGUAUACUAAACUUUAAAUAAUUAUUGUAAGUACUGUAACACGAUUUACCUUGAAAAAUAAAACUGUAUGUAGGCCUAUGCAACGCAAAGAUUUACGGUAUGUACUGUAAUUAAAUAAGUCAAUUCGUAGUUUGAACUGCGCAUGCCCGUAUCCAAGGUUGACUUAUGUAGCAUCAUGCAUCUGAAUAACUGAAUUCAGUAAUUUUUAAAUCAGAUAUAAUAAUAUAAUUCUACUCUUACUGAACUGACAAACACACGUGAUUAACUGGCUUCAAAAUACUUAACAUUAAAGUAAAAACAAACAAUCUAUAAUUUUUCUGGUGUUUGCUGGAAGGUCUGCACUGCGAAACCCUUGACUGUUUUUAUUUCCAUUUUUAUAUGUCUCCUUUCCAAAUUUUUCUAUUUUAUUUCAACAAAUUAAUAUUGUAUGUUUUAUGUCCUGGACGUUUUCCCUUUGUUUGGACCUUGAGUCUAUGGAACCUGUCCCUUUGCUUCCCUUUUUCAUCUGUUUGUGUGUUGCAAUAAAUUGAAUAAAGAAAAAGAAAGAAAGAAAGAAAGAACAAAAAAGGCCUAAUUCAAAUAAGUAUAUACUUAGUUUAUUUAUCUAAAAAAAAUUUAUCCAUUUGACACCCUCAACUACAAUAUCCUCAUGAAAUUAGUCUUACUCACUGCGGUCGUUGCCAACCAGUCAUCUUUGCUCGAACACUGUCUUCCUCUUAUUCUGUUUUACCAGGUUCCUCUAGGAUCUAUCCUUUCUCACCUGUAUCUAAAUCAAUGCUAUUGAUUUACUUUGUACUUCUUAACACAGAUGACAUGUAGGCCUAUAUAAGUGGGAUAGCAUAUUUAUUCUGCUGUCUAAUUUCUCUCUAUCUGGCUAAAAUCUAACAGAUUAACUAAGUCUCAAUGAUCUAAAAAGUAAAUCUAUGCAUAUUGACGUCUGGAAAGUUCAUUGGAUUAUACGUAUUAUGUCACAAAAUAACGUGUAGGCCUACUCACACACAACUUUGCAGGACCGUUCAAACGAUUGUGAAAUUACGUCGUAUACGUAUUUAUGGUUCUAAAAAAUACCGAAAACGUUUUUAUAACGGGAAUAUUGUUAGCUGGGGAUGUAUAUAGAUUUCUGCCGCUCCUGAAAACCCAAAAGAGAGCUUAGAACUUAUUAAGUCUCAUUCAGCUUUAAUGACCCAAUUUGUUAAGCCUGCUCAUUUCCAAUGAAUGUCCAAGUGCUAUAUCUCACUCAUUUAACGAAAUUCAAGGUAACGUAAUCUUUUUCACUGAUCUAACUAUUUCUACAUUUCUUCCUUCCACUUCUUUCUCCAUUCAUUUAGAGCUUUUAUUUUUUUUUACAGUGUAUUAUUUGUAGUAUUAACAAUUGCUUAUCACUAUAUCAAUUUAUAUUACAGUAUUUUAAUAUAUCAGAUUAAAUAAUAAUAAAUAUAAUUUUUAUAUAAACGUAGUUAUUGUUUUAAAUAUUGUGGUUUUAUAUUGUAUUAAUUUGCUUGUAUGUAGUUGAGGGUCCACAUGAUCAGCUUCGGCUGAUGGAUCACCCUCACAAAAUAUUGGUGAAGGAAUAAAUAAGAUAAAAU